AUGGACUCCGUCGAAUUUAUUCUCCAACUUCUAUCCACCAUCUUUGCUGUACUCGGGAUCCUCGUCACCAUUGGCGGUACAGACACAAGAUGGUCCAUAGCAGCUGUUCUGUAUCGACGACUGUGCAGAGAAGACAUCGACUGGGAAGCUGAGAGGAGGAGAUGGCAAGACACCUACCGUAUCGACAUGGAGAGACAACCGCCUCAGUCCAACGUUCCUUUCGCACCACCACGCAGCUGGUGCAACGCAUCAGAUGCCACUAUUGUCACCCAUCGCCGCACCAUCCUCGAACCCGAACACAACGAGGACAUUGGCAACCCUCUCCAACGCUGUUCCACCUUGACGCAAACAAAGUCCAAGCAGCGGUCAGAACUUGUGGAAAAGACGAUACCUAUAACCAGUGUCACUCACCUUGAGAGACAGGCAUCGGACCAUCAGGACACCCCUACCAAGUCACAGCAUGUUCGCUAUGUCAGAAAAGUAACGCGACCACACCCCAUCGUGCGUUCACAUGGACGGGAAAGCAGAAGAUGGUCGACAGCUACGAGCAAAGAUUCUGUAAACAUCAGUGAGGUCUGCAAUGCCAUGGUGUAG